CCGGAGCCGCCAUGGAGCGUGGCUGCGUGAUGGACACGUCGGAGCCGGGCAGCGCCGCCGAGGAGGAGGAGGAGAAGGCGACGGAGCCGCGGCCCAGGACCCGCUCCAACCCCGAGGGGGCUGAGGACCGGGCGCUGAGCACCCAGGCCAGCGUGGGCAACCGCAGCGAGGGGGAGGGCGAGGCGGCCAGCGCCGACGACAGCCCGCAGGGCACGGCUGCGCCCGACGGCACCGCCUGGCCCGGCCCCACGCCUCCCACCGAGGUGCAGGUCAAGACGCCGCGGGUGAACUGCCCCGAGAAGGUGAUCAUCUGCCUGGAUCUGGCGGAGGAGAUGGCUCUGCCCAAACUGGAGUCCUUUAACGGGUCCAAGACCAACGCGCUGAACAUCUCCCAGAAGAUGAUCGAGAUGUUCGUGAGGACGAAGCACAAGAUCGACAAGUGCCACGAGUUCGCGCUGGUGGUGGUGAACAACGAUGCCACGUGGCUCUCAGGGUUCACCUCAGACCCCCGCGAGGUCUGCAGCUGCCUCUACGACCUGGAGACCGUCGUCUGCAAGUCAUUCAAUCUGGAAGGACUCUUCAACCUGAUCCAGCAGAAGAUCGAGCUGCCGGUGACGGAGAACGUGCAGACCAUCCCGCCGCCCUACGUGGUCCGGACUAUCCUGGUGUUCGGCCGCCCAGGCUGCCAGCCCCAGUUC